GUGAUUUUGCGAUGUAAUUGUAAGGUAGGUUGAUUGACUCGUACAUACUCACAAAAUCUCCGUUCAAUGUGACGUUUUUCCAUAUUUUGCUGAUAUUUUUUAAAAUUUUAAAUUUUGUUUUCAAAACGGAGGACCUGGAGUGUGAGUGUGAGUGUGUGUGUGUGUGUGUGUGUGAGAGAGAGAGAGAGAGAGAGAGAGUGUGUGUGGUGUUUGCGUUAUGAUAUAUAGAACUCAAUAACAACUGACAGAGUGGUGUUUGGCUCACCAAUUCGGUACUGUAAUAACUGCAAAUGCGGUGAGAUUAAUACACGCACAUAACCCAUUCACAUUCACGUAGAGAGAAAAGUGUUUGAAUCGAUUGAUUUCUGAAGAGAGAGAGAGAAGAGAGAAUUUGAAUGGGCGGCGGCGGGGAAGGUGUAGGAGGGACAACGUUGGAGUUCACCCCCACAUGGGUCGUCGCCGGCGUUUGCACUGUCAUCGUCGGCAUUUCCCUCGCCGUCGAACGCCUCCUUCACUUCACCGGAAAGUAUCUGAAGAGGAAGAAUCAAAAGCCCCUCUUUGAAGCUUUACAGAAAGUCAAAGAAGAGUUGAUGGUGUUAGGGUUCAUUUCGCUACUUCUGACUGUAUUCCAAGGCAGUAUAAUCAAGAUAUGUGUUAAUCAGAGUGUUACCCAUCACCUCCUUCCUUGUAAGCUCCCAUCACAAUCUUCUUCCCACCAAGGAGAUUCUUCUUCUAACACCACUGAAACUACUUCCCAUCAUCGCCGUUUGCUCGCUGAACAAUUACCCGGGGCCAAUUACUGUGCUGCGAAGAAUAAGGUUCCAUUGUUGUCUGUCGAAGCAUUGCAUCAUCUACAUAUCUUUAUCUUUGUGCUAGCCAUUGUCCAUGUGACUUUUUGUGUUCUCACUGUUGUAUUUGGAGGGGCAAAGAUACGUCUUUGGAAGCACUGGGAAGACUCCAUUGCAAAAGAUAAUUAUGAUACAAAACAAGUUAUGGAACCUAAGCUCACUGAUGUCCAUCAACAUGACUUCAUCAAGGGUCGCUUUCUGGGUAUUGGUAAAAAUUCAGUGAUGUUGGGCUGGUUGUAUUCCUUUUUCAAGCAAUUUUAUGGAUCCGUCACCAGAUCAGACUACAUGACACUGAGACUUGGUUUUAUCAUGACACAUUGCAGGGGAAACCCAAAGUUCAAUUUUCACAAGUAUAUGAUCCGUGCCCUGGAAGAUGAUUUUAAGAAAGUUGUUGGCAUAAGUUGGUAUCUAUGGAUAUUUGUGGUCAUCUUCUUGUUGCUGAAUGUCAGUGGGUGGCAUACCUAUUUUUGGAUAGCUUUCAUUCCUUUCAUCCUUCUACUAGCUGUGGGCACUAAGCUGGAGCAUGUAAUCAGCCAGUUGGCUCAUGAGGUUGCAGAGAAACAUGUUGCAAUAGAAGGGGAAUUAGUAGUUCAACCUUCAGACGAUCAUUUUUGGUUUCAUCGGCCCCGUAUUGUCCUUUACUUGAUACAUUUCAUACUAUUCCAAAAUGCUUUCGAGAUAGCAUUUUUCUUCUGGAUAUGGGUUCAAUAUGGUUUUGACUCUUGCAUAAUGGGACAAGUCCGUUAUAUAGUACCGAGGCUUGUUAUAGGGGUAUUCAUCCAGGUGCUCUGCAGUUAUAGCACCCUACCACUCUAUGCCAUCGUAACACAGAUGGGAACUUCUUUCAAGAAAGCAAUAUUUGAUGAGCAUGUGCAAGUGGGGCUUGUUGGUUGGGCUCAGAAAGUGAGGAAGAAGCAGUUGAAGGCGGCAACUAAUGUCUCUGUUGGAGGAAAAUCUACUGAUGGUUCAACUACGGGAAUUCAGUUGGGAAGACUUGCCGGCAAGGAAUCUGCACCAGAGGAUAUUUCGCCCACAACUGCUGCUGCUCAAGGACAUAAUAAAUAAGAUCUUCAGACUUUUGGAAAUGGUAGUAGGCACAGGCUUCUCUCUCUCAAUUUUAAUUUUGUCGGUUUUGUGCCCAUGAUGGCAAUAUAUCUAUAUGAAUGAUUAAAACUCGGUUGAAUCUCAGGUGUGUAUAUUUUGUGGGCUUAAUAGAAGUAAUUAUAUUAAUUAUGUCAGCGAUUUGCCCAGUUUUGAAGUAUGGUUAUUCCUCGAGAUCAUCUUCCUCUCCAAAACCCUGUAGUAAUUGGAGCCCUGUGCACUCACUGAGUAUGAGGGACCUAAAUGAUUUUUAUCUGUGAAAGAAAACUGUCAAAGCUUAUGAGGUUCUUUCUAAUA